CGUGCGGGCGGCCGUGCGGGCUUUGUCAGCAGGCCAGCGGGGCGGGCGGCCAGCGGUCCGCGUGCGGGGUGCGCGCUGUCCUCUCGCCUCUGGGGGCAGGGGGUCACACACCCAAGACGUAGAGCCUCCAGCUUCAGCGUCUGUGUCGCAGUUCUCAAGCCCACCAGCCCUUCGGAGGUGGCCUGGCGGUGGGUGGGGGGCACAGGUGCGGCUAGUACUACUGUUUUGCUCUAAGCCUGCCUCCUCUCCCAGGAGCCCAAGGGAGCUCUCCAAAUGAUGCUGGGGAAGUGGCCGGGGCCUCGAGCCUCUUUGUGCUGGAGGAGAUGCAGAGCCGGCACCUCUGUCCUGGCGGGGGUAGAGGUGAUGAACAGGAUUCCCUGCAGCCCUGGUCCCGAAGGAGAACUCCCAGGUGGGGAGAGGUGAUGGGCUGCGCUGUCCCAACUCUUCCCUGAAGGCUCCCUUUUUAGAGUUGUAUCUGAACCCGGUGGCCGUCUCUGCUGAUGUCCUGGACGUCUUAACCCCCUCAUGCAGUGGCUGCAUGGUGGUCAUGGGAUCUUCAGGGCCUGAGUAGCAUGUCUGUGGUUUCCCAGGAAUGUUAGCUGGAGGCCAGUUUGAACUCAGGCAGUUUGUCUGUAGAGCUCAUCACUCUGCAGUAGCCGUUCUGCAGCACCUACUUUCCCCGAGCUCCAGUCCCAAUGAAUGACAGAAAUGUCUUUUGCCCACCUAGGGUCUGAGAGAUGCCAGUCAAACCGAGUCUUCAGGCGAUACCUUGCUCCUGUCCACAGAGACUGACUGGUGACUAGAAGGUGACUCCGGAGCCUGAAUUUCUGAGCAUGGAAAUCUGCAGAAGACAGUGUCCGAGGCCCUCACAGUGAUGGAGCUCGCUGCCCCUGCGCCUGGCGGGGCCCCUGAACCCAGAUUAGGGGGGCUGUUGGGAAACCUGGACGGGCAGAGCCUGCGGAGCUGCCCCUCCCAGGAGGGGGGUUUCAAGCCGGUGACAGUUACCCACUGGAAGAUCCAAACAGGAGAGGCGGCGCAGGUGGGCGGUAAGUCAGGAGGAAGCCCCGUCCUGAGCUCAAACCUCCUCCUGCUUCAGAGAGAGCUGAUCGAAGGGGAGGCCCGUCAGCGCGAGGCUUGCGGAAGCUUCCCAUUUAAUUCGGACCUGGUCAGACAUCAGGUUUCUCAGGCUGGGGAGAAAUCUCACAGACGUGAUGAGUGUGGGAGGGGCUUCGGCCAGAGCUCCCACCUCAUGGCGCAUCCGCGCGCUCACGGCGGAGACAGACUCUACGUGUGUAAUGCGUGUGGGAAAGACUUCGUUCUCUACGCGGAUCUUGUGGAGCAUCAGAAAGCGCACGCGGGAGAAAGGCCCUUCAAGUGCGCUCAGUGUGGGAAGGCGUUCUGUCACAGCUCAGACCUGAUCCGCCACCAGCGCGUCCACACCCGGGAGCGACCUUUCGAGUGCAAGGAAUGCGGGAAGGGCUUCAGUCAGAGCUCGCUGCUCAUCCGGCACCAGAGGAUCCACACUGGGGAGAGGCCCUACGAGUGCAACGAGUGCGGCAAGGCCUUCAUCCGGAGCUCCAGCCUCAUCCGGCAUUACCAGGUCCACACGGAGGUGAGGCAGUACGAGUGUGAGGAGUGCAGGAAGGCCUUCCGCCACCGCUCGGACCUCAUCGAGCACCAGAGGAUCCACACUGGGGAGAGGCCCUACGAGUGCAACGAGUGCGGCAAGGCCUUCAUCCGGAGCUCGAAGCUCAUCCAGCACCAGAGGAUCCACACUGGAGAGAGGCCUUACGUGUGCAACGAGUGCGGGAAGCGUUUCAGCCAGACGUCGAACUUCACUCAGCAUCAGAGGAUCCACACUGGAGAGAAGCUCUAUGAAUGUAACGAGUGCGGGAAAGCGUUCUUUCUGAGUUCAUACCUUAUUCGACACCAGAAGAUCCACACCGGAGAGAGGGUGUAUGAGUGUAAGGAGUGUGGGAAAGCUUUUCUCCAGAAAGCCCAUCUCACUGAGCAUCAGAAGAUCCACACUGGGGACAGGCCCUUCGCGUGUAAGGAUUGUGGGAAAGCCUUCAUUCAGAGCUCCAAGCUCCUCCUACACCAGGUUAUUCACACUGGAGAGAAGCCCUACGUAUGUAGUUACUGUGGGAAAGGCUUUAUUCAGAGGUCAAACUUCCUUCAGCACCAGAAAAUUCAUGCUGAAGACAAACUCUAUGAAUGUAGUCAGUAUGGGACAGAGUUCACCUCAGCUCCGAACUUUAAAGGCAGUCAAGAGGCUCACCAAGAGGGACUUCCCUUGAGUCAGACCCCCAUACAUUUGGGUGAGAAGUAUGUAGGUCAGGGGGAACACACAGACUUGUAACUAUACUCCAACUCACUGAGUGAGACUCGAAGCGAGUGGUGUGAGCCCUAAGUCAUGCGGCUUUGGACAUGUCACCAUUUCCCAGAGUCACCGGCAGGGCUGCCUCUGGAGUGGGCUGCCACCUCCCACUUGGCUGCCCAGCCGGCCCGCUGCCUUCCUCCUCUGCUGGGAGCUCGUGCCCUCGUGAGAGUCACGUGACUGGACAGCUUACUUGGAGCUGGACCAGCGUCGGGGGAGGAGCUCGGCCUCGGGAGAAGGUUCUUCUGUUUCAUUGCACAAUUACAAUUCACCCCAGAGUUAAAUCCCUUCUAAAGUAGAAUUAUGUAUCUAAUCGUAUCCCUUUAAAAGAGUAUUCCUUAGCAUAUUUUGAUCUAUCAGAAAGGCAAGUUGGAGAAACAUCCUUUCUUAUCUAAAACCACAAAUUGGUUCCCUGUCCUUAGCAUAAGUUCCAAUCUCCCCAUCCUGCAUCCGAAGGCCUUUUGCUUCCUGGGGCCUCUUCUCCCGCCGGUUAACUCCCUGCCGCACCGUUGGCACUGUGGCAGCACUAACUGCUGGACGUCCCCACUUAGCCAGGCCGCUCCUGCCUCCUUGCCUCCGUCCUGGUUGGAAUGCCCCCUCUCCUCACCGGGCUGACUGUCGGCUCAGCCCGCUACCCUCUGCUUCCGUUCCUCGGUGGUCCUUCACCUCUGUUACUGCACUUAUUACUCUGAUAUGUCAAAAUCGUGUUUCGGAUCCUCUCUCUUCCCUUGUUACAGUGUUAAUUCGUGGAGCACAGUGGGCGUAUCUGAUUGAUUUGUGUGUCCCUGGCAUCUAGAGCAAGGCAGUAAAAAGCACACCCCAGUCGCUGUGUACUUGGUUUGUCUUUUCUAUACUGCUGUUUAAAAUAUGUUUUUGGAUGCUCUUUUUGUUGUUGCUGUUUUGUGUAAUCUGCUGGUCUGUCGGAAAUUCCUCCUCUCGGCCCUGCUGGCGUCUUCGGCUCAAAAUGCAUUCAGCACUUGCAGGCAGUAGCCAGAGUAAGACGGCGCCCCUUGUGUUUUUGCCUUUACAGCUUGUCCAUGACUGUCCACUUGCUCUGGGGGAGGCUUGUCCUCAGUCGUCUGUGUGUCUUUCUGAUUCAUUCAAAGGGCACACAGUCCUGGCGCGCCACGUGACUUUUCCUGUCUCGGCCAUUCCAUGAUUGAGCCCAACUUCUCCCCCUUGCGCUGCUCUCUGGCUCACUUUGUCAUUGAUUUGAAAAAUGUAAUUAUCUAAAAGGACCAGUGCUAAAUACUGGGAAACGGAGAUGAAUGAGACACCAGGUGUCCUGAAGUCGUCUAGAGUCUGAUGGGGGAGGCAGGAAGGUCUCAGUACGCCGAGUUGAGU